AUCCUCCGGAUUCACCAUACCUCUCCAAUAUCACUAUCCCGCCAUUCAUUUCGAUCAUGUUCAUUCUCGCCAAGCUCGUCACGUUUGCUGCCCUCACGUUCAGCGCGGUCACAGUCGUCUCUGCUGUGCCGUACCCCGCUGCUGCCGUGAAUGCCAAGCGUGAUACCAAUGUUCUCACUAUCCUGGCAGACUUGUCCUUGAAAUUAAAAGAGCCUGCUGUGCUACUGAGCUCCAUCGACGCGAGCAAUGCGACCGCCAGCGUUCUCUCGCCCAUCGUUGCUACCAUCACUAGCGAUGUGCACAUCGCGAUUGUCCAGCUCAAACUUCUCCCUGAUCAAAGCAAGAUUGUCACCUCGGUUGCUGUCGCGGCCCAUCUGAACCUCGUAUUUAGGACCGUUCUGGCUCCUGCGGGUAAUAUUUUGAAGAUUUCCAGCGUUGACAAGGUCAAUGUCACUGCUGCUCUAUCGCCGCUUGGCGAUAUUCUCAACACACUCCUUGAAUACGUCCUCGACCUUGUUGCCGAACUUUUGACCGAUGUCCAGUCAAUUCUGAACAAUCUGCUGGGUGGCCUCGUUGGCGCUAUCCUCGACCUUAAAUUGGCUCCCCUUAUCAAGUCGCUUAAACUCAAGGUCGCUGUGUCAGCCUGAAAGCGUGAUGAUUUCGCUUUCUUCGUUAUAUUCUUCGAAAAACUGUCUGACGUGUCUUCUGUCGAACUCUGUCUCACUCAUUUUGUUAAAAUUCUUCUUCAUUUUUGCGCU